GUACAGAAAAAAUGUGUCGAAGCCAUGGAACCGUUGAAAAAAGACGUAAGAAGCAUGUUAAUGGCAGCAAAUUCGAUGAAAUUGAUUGCACUAAUUGACAAACUUGAGCGUUUGGGAUUGGCAUAUAAUUUUGAGACGGAGAUUGAAGAGAAACUCCAAGAAAUUUCAGAAAACGAGGAUGACGACUAUGAUUUGUUCACUACCGCACUCCGAUUCCGUUUGCUCAGGCAACAUCAGUAUCAUGUUUCUUGUGGUGUUUUCGACAAAUUUACGGACAACCUUAGUAGUAGUGACACUGAGGGUCUUCUGAGCUUGUACGAAGCAGCCCAUGCUCGGAUUCAUGGCGAAGGCAUCUUGGAAGAGGCUGUAGCAUUUACAACCCAUCACUUGACUCGCGUUUUACAGCAGUUAGAGUCUCCUCUCAAAGACAAAGUGAAACGUGCUUUGGAGCAGGCGCUUCAUAGGGGUGUUCCGAUCAUCGAAACGCGUUUUUAUCUUUCUCUCUAUGAAAGAGAUGAGUCGAGGGACGAGCUCCUUCUAAAGCUAGCCAAAUACAACUUCAGUUUUCUGCAGAAUUUGUACAGGAAAGAGCUCUGCCAAGUCUCCAGGUGGUGGAACAACUUUGACCUCAAAACAAAGCUGUCAUAUGCAAGAGACAGAUUGAUCGAAUGCUAUCUCUGGGGUGUGUCCAUCCAUUUUGAACCUCAAUACUCUGACGUUCGAAUCGCAGUUGCAAAAAGCAUGCAAAUGGUAUCGACUAUGGACGAUACGUAUGAUAAUUAUGCUACGCUUGAAGAAGCUGAUCUUCUAACUGAGAUUUUGGAAAGGUGGGAUAUAAAAGAAAUUGAUCGACUCCCGGAUUACAUGAAAAUUUUCUAUCGAUUCGUCAUGAGUAUAUAUGAAGAUUAUGAACGUGAGGCAGCAAAACAGGGGAAGUCAUUUGCAGUUCCCUAUUUUAGAGAAACUGUGAAACAACUGGGCAGGGCUUACAACCAAGAGCUAAAGUGGGUAAUGGAGCGAGAGAUGCCUACAUUUGAAGAGUAUUUCAAGAACUCAGUGAUUACGAGCUGCAUUUACGUGAUGUUCACUGCUCUCGUCCCAGGCAUGAAAUCUGUUACCAAAGAGACCAUCGACUGGCUGCUGAGCGAGCCUAAUAUCGUCAUAUCCACCGCCAGGAUGGGUCGACACCUCGAGGACUUGGGCAGCCAUGAGCGCGAGAACAAGGGUGGCAAAAUGCUCACCGUGGUCGACUGCUACAUGCAACAACACGGUGCAUCAAAGCAGGAGACGCUUGCAAAGUUCGCAGAGCUAGUCGAGGAUGGAUGGAAAAAUGUGAACACGGAGUGGGUGGCGACGACUUCCGUGGCCAAGGAAAUGGUGGAGCAGCUUCUCAACUAUGCCCGGAUAGCAGAAGUCACUUACAAGAAUUCUGAAGAUAAUUAUACAAACCCAGAUAAAGUUUUGGGACCCCAGAUUGCUGCUCUGUUUGUUGAUCCCGUUGUUAUUUGAUUUUUGCAUGCUAAGUUAAUCGUUUGAAACUUAUGUUUCAAUGUCUAUCCCUAGACAGUUGUUCUUGGAUUUAUGUUUGGUUGUAUUACAGAAUAAGGUAGUUAGCUGAGGAUUGAGCAGUAGAGCUUUCCCAGCUAGCUACUUCUGUUGUGGUAAUAAAGGGGUGUUUAUGUUGUUAAAAGAUAAGGUCAUAUGUCGCCGUAGUUGUGUAUUAACAAAACGUUGAUGCAAG